AUGUUUAAAAUACAAGUCGUCUCGUCGGGGCAGUCCGAAACGUAUCUUCUUGCCACUGUUAUUCUUAUGAAAACGCUAAAGGCUUCUGCGGGGCCAGAUUCCUCUAUUGGCAUGCCAGAAAUCAAGGCCUUGAUUGACUCACUUGUGAGUUCAGGACAUCUCGAGAAACCACCCAGACCGGAAAACUUAAUCAUUGAAGCUCUUCCACUUCUUCUGCAGCUCACCGAACCUGCCAAGGGUGCAGUCCGCAUUGCAGUGAGUGCUGCAGCACAGCAGCUUACCUCACCACAGCUCCACGAUUUGCUGAGCCAUCUGCUCUUUAUAACGGCCGAAGAGUCGUCUGUUCGGCGUUGGUUUGGUAUUCCCAAUGCCCUUGGCGAUUUUAGCAUGUGGUGUUACGAGCUGUUUGUGCAGGCCGCCUUGUUAAGCGAGAUUCCGUUUGGUAAAGAUGAUCGGGAUGCUGUUAUGAAGUCUGCUCUACAUAAGUUUGGGGAGGGAGCGUCUCGUUUGCAUGAGGCAUUAGCCACUAUAAAAGAGGAGUCUUGCAUACAAAUUUUGCUUGGCACUGUUGGAGAGUAUUAUCCUUUUCUGGCGUCGAAUGUAUUGGCUGAUCCGAGACCCCUGGUCGAUGCGGUCGCCACCUUGGCGUUUGAGAGUGAUGGGGGUACUCGCACUUUGGCCCUCAAAACGCUUGUGAGUAUUGCUGUCACUGAAGAAAAGAGAUUCAUAGAUAACCGUGUAGAGAAAUGGUACAAAGAAAAACGUUUGUGGAGGCCCCACCUAAUUGCGUUCUUUGGAAACCUGAUUGUGUCUUCGCCGGUUAACUCGUACGCUUCCUUCCCAACUAUGACGACUUUUCUUCUUCGGGCUCUCGAUCCACACAACCCGAACCGCGAUGAACAUGACUCAUGUGUGGUGCCCGUGACGCAGGUGAUCCGAGUCGCUGUCAAUUGCCUUCCCAAUGUUUCUUUUCAGCAGCACCUGCAGUAUCUUGCUGUUGGAAACACUGACGGCAUUGUGCAGGUUAUUAAUUUGAAGACAACAGGUAUCGUGGCCUCGUUUGUUUCGCACCCAGAGGCCAUCUUGUGUGUUUCAUACAGCAGCAACACAUCUAGUCACGAUAUUGCGGUUCUGAGUGAAAAGAUGGAAACUGUCAAGAUAUGGCGUGCGAGUCGCACAGCGAAUGUGUUAAGUGCGAUUUUUGCAGGUCAUAUGACAGAGUUCCGUCUUCGAUUUACCGUUGAUAUUCCAUCCUUUGACAGGAAUCUAUCAAUAAGUUGUGAGCGCUUCUUAUUGAUCAACAAAUGCAGGCUUAGGUGGCUCUCGCCACAUUGUGUCGAGCUAAGCUCUCCGUGGCACGACAGAAUUCAGCUUGCUGUUCAGUAG